UAAUCUGUGGCUUGAAGGAAGUCUAUAUGAUUUGGUUUAAACUUUGAAUAAAUAACGUAACGGACAACGGAUUAUAAUUACGGUGUUUUAUAUUUACAUCUACUUGAUAUGUGGUUAUACAAAAUAAAAAUAAAUAAUUACAAUUAAUUCGGUCUUGAUAUAAAAUUAUCUUGCAUGUAAAAAUAACAUAAAAUGUCGACUCGAUCUGGAAAGCGUCUACAUAACUCGCCCGGAUCAGAAUUAAAUGCAGAUGUGAAAACCAAAAGAAAAAUUCGUAGCCACAAACAAAAAGAAAAUUAUAUUGAUGCUGCCGGGUCUAAGAAAAAACAUUAUGUUUUACGAUAUCCGUCUGAGGAAGAAACUAGCAAUGAGGCUAACAGCCAAAUGACCCUCCGAAAUCGUAAAUCGCGUAGAAAUACUCUAAGCGAAGUAACAAUCAAUGAUGUUGAUAUAGCAAAACCUAUCAAAAUAAACCGGCGGAAAAAAGUUGUUGAAAACGAUAACUUAUCACAAAAAACAAGUAAGAAAUCAAAGAAAAAGAAAACUGCUAAAAUAAUUGCACUAGAAAAUGAUAGUAUGGCUGUAAUUGAGGUUGAAAAUAAAGUAAUGAAAAAGAAAAUAAGCUCUGGUUCGGUUGUCAUAGAAGAUUUAAAUGAACAAAACAUAAAGAAUAAUUCAGUAAACAAGAGUAAUAUUUCUGUUGAUUCUUUCCACAGUGCUGCCACCAGCAAUAUUCAUAGCCCUGAGGGGGUUGUGUUUAAAAACAUGUAUAAUUUGAAAACAUCAGUUGAAAACAUAUUUCCUAUAAAAGAAAAUAUGGAAUUCUCUACUGAUUAUCUGCAAAAAAAAGUUCAUAAAAAUAAGAGAGCAGAUAAAAAUACUCUAUGCAAAGAUAAUGAUAAAGAUACUAUUAAAAGUAAAAGCAAAUGUGUUCCAAAAGAAAACUGUUAUAAUAUAGAAGAGGACAGUCAAAACGGCUCUGCCUUAAACAUAUUAUUUGACAGUAAUAAGAAAAGCAGGUCAAGUUAUAAAAAUUCCACAUUUACUGACAUAUCUUCUGAUAAUAUUGAAAACCCAUUAACUUUAAUUGAGGACCAGGCUGACAAGCAAAAUUCAUUCCUUAUAAAUUGUAACAAUAUUGAAAAUUCAACUAAAGGUUGUAAAUACAACAAUUUAGAAAUGAUUUAUAAACUAGAAAAGAAACAAAAUGAGAAUGACUUGGAGAAGAAAAGCUCUUUGAAAUAUGAAUAUCCAACAGUCGAUUCUACAUUUGAAAAGCAAAUAACAACUGAUAAAUAUGCAAACAACAUUGGUUUGGACAUUGAAAAUAUUCAAUGUGAUAUUUCUUCUGUUACUAAGUUAACUGUCAAUAAAAGUCUCAAAAAGAAAUCCUCCAAUAUGCCUAAUACACCCAUAAGGAAUAUAUUAUAUACUAAUGAAACAUCAAAUAUAGUACAAAAUGGCACAAGCAAUGUAACAAUUGAAAAGGAGGUGGCUGAUUGUACAUUUGAUAUUAAUAUAUCAAAUGAAUCAAACAGCAUUCAGACUUCUAAUUCUGCAGAAUUACAACAGAUUCAUAUGCAAGAUAAAUUAAACACAACUUUUGAAAAAGAAGGUACCAAUUUGAACAGUACUUUUGAUAAGGCAGAAGUCUCAUCGUCAUCAAUAAUAACUUCUGAUUCAUCAAUAACUAAUGACAAAUCCAUGUCACGCAUCAGUAUUACAAGUGAUGAAUCCGAAAGAGGAAACAUUAAUAUUACUCCAGUUAUUGUUGAGAGUAGCCUGGAUGAAUCCAAAAUUACUUAUAUAAGUUCAAAUAUCACUAAUAAGGAGCCUGAAAAAUCGCCACCAUCUAACUGUGUACCUGAUCAGAUAACACCUUCAACUUCACUGCAGCGCGAGGGGACCUUUACCAAGGAAUCACAUACAGAUUUGACAUCUCCAAAAGAGUUGAGUACAUCCCCGGGACAGACACCGUUCCCUUCCUCAAAGCGCAGUUCAUACAAAAAGGCAGUUUUCAAUGUCACACGGUCUAUUGAAAAGACUCGAAAGUCAUCUAUUGCUGAGCUUUCACACGCCACAAGAGUUAUGUUCUGUAGCCCCAUCAAUACUCCAAUGAUAACAAAUCAAAUAAAAGGCAAAGUAAUUAAAUCUAGUAUGAAAGGAUCAAACAAAAGUUUUGUGUUUAAUGAUCAAGAACUGUGUCGUGUCAGCUCAGCUCGCAAAAGGUCAUAUACUCACAGUGGUGCAAGUGGCCUAGACAUCAAGCGGCAGAGGUUAGGUGAAGGUUCUUCAAACAGAGUGUCUCGCUCCAGGACCUCAAGUGCUUCAGGAAAAAUCCAAAACACUCCAACAAAAUUAACUCCAUCUACGUCCAAACCCGAGAUCAGCCGCGUGGCCAGAAAAAAGCUGCCCAAUUUCGCCGCCCUACAUCAGAAGCAAUUCGAGAAGAUGGAAUCCCUCGAUGAGUGUCAGGAACGCAAGGCUCGUCGCGCUCUCGCGUUGGCCGCCGGCACUUCGGCUGCCACCAAGGACAGAGAUUCGAAGGCGGAGAGAAAGCAACCCGAGAAGAGCCAGCCACUAUCCGUGAACCCCGGCUACACGAGAUUCGGCUUCAGGAUGAAAUCUGACGUCGACCCAUUCGCGACCGAAUAUUCGAAACUAUCUCUAAACGCGACAAACUCGAAUUCGUCCAAAAUAAUCGUUAAACCGAAGGAACCGCCGAACGGUUCGAAGAGACUCGCCAAAUUGCCCUCCCUCAACGGCAGCACGGCUCGAAAGGAGAUGGCCAGACAGACCGUAAUGAGAGAAAAAUCGUUCGCAGAGAAGAGAAGUGCCAGCCGAAACGAGAACAGAACUAUAAUUAAGGGAGUGAGAACGAACCGACGCUUCGAGUUGCAGAUGCAGAUGCGGAAUCUGAACUGACACUUGCAAUGUUUCUUUAAAUUAUCUCGGCUCGAAUCGUCUUUAGCGCUGGGCUUAAAAGGAUUAAUAUAUUCAUUUAGCGUUUAGAACUAUUUUCUAAAUCACUAAUGUUUGGUUAUGGUUGCUAAGAGCACUAAUUGUUUUACAGGUGUGUGUGUGUUACGAAUUAAAAGAGAUGCGUUUUUUCUUCUGAAUUCUGUCCGAGAUUAUAUUCCGCGUUCAAUAUACAUUACAACUACUAUGACAUUUGAAAACAUUUAAUAUUUAUAUAAUUAAGACUUUCUGUAAUUGAUGACUUUUAUUGAUUUAUUGACAGCUGUAUUACAGGCAUUGUUGUUCACGAUGGCUUAAGAGAUUAUCAUUUUUUUACUGUUUUAUAUCGCGUUGACUUGUCACAUAUCGUGUCGUAAAACGCCUUAAUAGAUCGUGUUCGAUGUUGGUCGAAUUAAUUAUGAAAACCUUAUAUUUUACUUAACUCUUAUUAAUGUCAGUUUAAAGUCUCGUUAGUUGCUUACCUUUGAGCUAUGAUGAUGUUUGCAGUCGCAGACGCGGCCCUGGAGCAAAAGCUACAAAUAGAUAAGAAUUGGUUUGAUAUUUCAUAUCACUAAAAUAUAGGUACGAAUCGAUACACAAUAGGCUGACGGUAUUGUGAAGAUUCUAAGUAAAUAAAAUGUCUCUUUAGACAUAUGCUCGGCAAAAUAAAACUAAACUCGGGCAAGUUUCAUUUUAUUUUGCCGCAACUGAUUCUCCUUUUGGA